AUGACUCGAACAGUUCCAACCAUACAAUCCCAUGUCGAUUUUCGGCAGUCAAUCAGAGGUCAAACGGCCGGGCUGCCCAACUUCUACUCUCUUUUUCCUGAGUGGAAACCUUGGCUUCAUCCGGAAUAUGACCGUGCUCGUGACGAAGUGCUUAAUCCAUGGAUUGAACUCUGGGUCCCUGAUGCAGAGACAAGUCGCAAAUUCCAGAAGGCGGAUUUUGGCCGUUUCGCUGCCAUCAUGUGUGCAGAUGCGUCGUUUGAGAAGCUGUGCAUUGUAGCAAAGGCAUUUGCAUGGUACUUCAUCUGGGACGAUUUAUUUGACUGUGGCUGCCUGACGCAUGAUAAGAUGGCUAUCCCGGAAUACCGGGACAAGUCUAUGCAAUACUUCCGCGCAGUUCUUUCCAGCAGGGAAGAUGCUCCGGACCUAUCGGGAUGCUCAGACGAGCUGCAAAAGGCGCUAUUGUGCUGGGAUGAGGUGGCGACCCACAUUCGAGAGGUCUGUUCAAAGGGAACCUGUGAGGUUCUACUGGAGAAUAAACUGUUUUUCCUAUCUAGCGCCGACACUGUCGAUACCAUCUGUGAUGGAGACUGUGUACCUUCCUUGGCGCAAUACUGGGCACGUCGAGAACGUACCGCCGCAGUGUUCAUCUACGGGGUCGACGUCAGCAAACGAGAGCUAAGUGAUGAGCUGAUACAAGCGUUAUUCAGACAUACCUCUUAUUUGGUACACAUGAUCAACGACAUGUUCUCCCUCCGAAAGGAAAUUGGGGACAAUCAGAUCGAGAACCUGGUUCCGAUCUUGAUGCUCAAUCACAACAUCGAUUGCUGCAGCGCAAUGGAGCGGGCGAGCUUGCUUGUCCAGGAGGCCGCCUGUGCCUUUCGCGAGGUGGAGAAACGUCUACGCGAACUGUCGCAGCAAGCGCCUAAUCCAGUCACCGAAAUGUUCCUGCAAGGGUGCAAGGACGUCGUUAUGGGAUUGACUUAUUGGAGUUACACUGGGCAACGAUACUUCAAGCAAUCAGAAAUCGGUGUGGACAAUGUGAUUGAGUUUCAACUCUGA